UAUUUGUAUAACUGUCAAACCACAAGUUUGUGUGAUAGUAGAGAACUCACCUGUUCAUAUAAAGCAACCUCAUAGUGCACUUAGAUAUGAAAAACAUCACUUGUAAAAGUAAAACAUUUGUUCAAGCAAACAAUGAAACGGAUUAGAUCAUAGGAGCUGGAUGAUUGGAUACAUAACAAAGUACCUUGAAAUAUCUGAAAAGACCUCUGUGGAUUUGUCAUUUUCCCUUCCUUCUGUUUAAUUCUUCUUUAUGAAGGUAAUCUAAUGGCUGUGUGAGCACAAAACAUGUUUACUUUUACAUGAUAUGCUGUGAGGAAACUGGGCUAAGCAAACAACUGGACUAUACUCAGUCCUGUUUUUUGAAAACCACACACAUUUCGUGUUUGGAAAAGUAUUGUGGACAGCUGCUUUUCAAGCCUUGUCUUGGUUGCAUCAUGCUGACUUUUUUUUGUAAAUUCGCCGUCUUUUAUUUCUUCAUAAUCUUACCUAACUAUGUGAAUCCUGGGGAUCAUCUGGAUAUACCAGCAAUUGCCAAAUAUUUCAACACAAAGGGAAGGUAUGAGGAAGUGAAACCAUAUCUCAUAGAGGAUGUACUUGCUGUAAACCGAUCUAUCCUACAGCCCCCAUCUGCACAAUGUCAAGAAAUUCAUCUGACUGCCAUAAUAAGACAUGGCACAAGAUAUCCGACAACCAAAAACAUAAAGGAGAUGCAGAAGCUUUACACCAUCGUCAUGCAAAAUGCCUCAGGUGAAGAGAGCUGGCUGCGUGAAAUCCAGACCCAAUGGACGAUGUGGUACACUGAGGACAUGGACGGCCGACUCGUCCAGAAAGGUGUGAACGACCACAGGCAUCUGGCCGUCAGGCUGUCAAAGCUGUUCCCCUCUCUGAUUUCAGAGGAGAAGCUCCGAGGUGGACUCUUCAAAUUCAUAACCAGCUCAAAGCACAGGUGUGUCAACAGCACACUGUCCUUUAAGGCAGGACUGACUGAGCUGUGGGCUAUUAAAGAUAAGCAAUUUGACCAUGAAGUGAAUGAUGCCCUAAUGAGGUUUUUUGAGAAGUGCACCAGGUUUGUGCAGGAAGUCGAUAACAACCCCUCAGCUACAACAGAGGUGGACCUGUUCAAGGAGGGACCAGAGAUGAGGAGAGUCCAGGAGAAGAUAGCAGACCGUCUCCGGGUCCCGUAUAACAAUGUCACAGAUGAUAUGGCUGAAGCUGCAUUUUACAUGUGUGCUUAUGAGUUUGCCAUCAAGACCGUGAACUCCCCCUGGUGUCGGCUCUUUGAUGAGGUUGAUGCACAGGUUAUGGAGUAUGCAAAUGAUCUGAAGCAAUACUGGAAAAGAGGUUAUGGCCAUGAUAUUAACAGCAAAUCAAGCUGCAUUCUUUUCCAUGAUGUGUUCAGUCGCCUGGACAAGGCAGCCAGCGAGAACAAAUCUGGCCAGCAGGUGACUGAAGCUGUGACGGUUCAGUCGACUGGACAAGGCAGCCAGUGGGAACAAGUGGGUAAACAUAUAUGGUCUUAAAUACAUAAACAAGAGUCGUUAGUGGUGUUACUCUAGAUGUUACUCUAGAUUUUUCCUAUUGUCAAGAAAAUCCCACAACAAAAGAACAAAACCAACAAAGCCUUAGUGAUGACCUCAAUAGUUUCUCAAGUUCUUGUUUAGGCUUUGGCUCUCUGCCCUGAGACAUUUGUUCUGAAAGAAGUAAAACUGUCUGGGCAUUUGCAAAGGACUCCAAAUAAACUACAGUUCCUAUAUCAGUCAGUGAAGCAGUGCGGCUCACUGGUGCAUAUUUAAUACUUUUCGACAACAAUGUGGGUCCAUUGAAUAAACUGAUUUUGGAUGCACACAUAACACUUGAGAGGGAGAACAUUUUAUUUUAUUUUAUGUUAUGUGUUCACAUAAAAAAAUGUCUUGAACCACAUUUCUUACUCUGUUUAUUCAGUUUUACUUUUCAUCAGACAAAAACACCAGACACUGUUCCUAGUUUCGAUGAUUUUGUUUUUCAAAUGAAAUUUGUGGGUUUUUAACUGUUGGUUGGACACAACAAAAUACUUGAGGACCUCAUCUUCAACUCUGGGAUCAGUAAUGGACAACUUAAUAUUUUGUACUGGACCACAGCUGUUCCCUGGACAGUAGCAAAUCUCAUAGAUCUAAAAUGGUUGACUAAAUGUAGUAAUGAGUCUGAGUGAAUAUAUAAUACUACAGUGAGGAAUGUAUAGAGAAUAGGUCAACUUGUUAAACUGACAAAAGCCCAACAUGCAAUGCUACAUACUGUAUAUCUUCAGUGAUUGAUCAGUUGUGACAUUUGUUGGCAGUUAACUUUCUGGCAAUAAACUGAUCAAUUAAUUGACUAAUUGCUUUUGCUUUUGCAUUAACAUCUACACCGCCUAGUUUUUUUUUUGUUUGUUUGUUUUCCAGACUUGUAUCUGGUAGUGAAAACUAAGCUGUCUGGAUAAUUUACUUUGACAUUUUUUAAAUAUUCUUCAU